AUGGUCCUUAAUCUAUGUAGGCAGAGAAUUUCAGCACGGGUCUCUUCUCUCCCCAACCCCCGUCACUUCGGACAGCUAAUAAAGAACAAGCAGUUUGCGAUCAUUGGCGAUUCGCUCACGAGCGCCAACUUUGUGCCUUCGCUGCUCUGCCAGAUAAACCAGCAGUACUGGGUGAGUCCGAAGCCCGAGCUGCGCACGUUGGACGGCGGCGCGUGGUCCAAGGAUUCGCCCGAGGCAGUGGCUUACGUGUACUCGAUCCCGCAGCUAAACGCCAAAAUCGUCAUGCUCUGGGACGACUACCUCGUCAGGAUAAACCAGAACGCCACAAUGCUAGCCAAGGUCGGAGGAAUAACAGACCCGAACCCAGCCGACUGUCUGAUAGACGUGGCCACGCCCAACCCGCAGUGGGCGCGCUACCUGGACGAGUGGGAUGCGGUGCUGCUCGAGACCACCACGCACUGGCGCUCGCUCUCCAAGGGGCCGCGCAUGGUGUAUACGAACGAGAACUGGAGCAAGCUGAGCCUGGAUCAGUACCAGGCGCACAGCCAAGCCCUGACGAGCGUUCGCACGCACUUCAGCAAUCGCAAGAAGCUGGGGAAAGUGCUGCCUGUUCCGUUCUUCAUGACGGCUCCCCCGCAGCACAACGCCAAGAAGGUUGGCGGGAACGGCGUGUGCGGGUCACCUGGCCGGAUGCUGAACGCGAAAGAGAUGGGCAAGCUACAGCGCACCAACGUGCAGAUGAAGCUGUUCCUGCCCAUCCAAAAGAAGGUCUUCCCUCCAGACUCGGGCGUUCGCCGCAUGGACAUCACCACUAUGAGCGCCUUCCGGCCCGAGGCUCACAUUGGCGGUUUUAUGGGCGGGAAGAAAAAGGGAUCCGAUUGUCUGCACUGGUGCCAGCCUGGGGUGCCGGACGUGUGGGUCGACCUCUUCUACGAGAUGCUUCGCCGGGAGCCCCUCAUCAACCCCACUCCUGACGGCCUCUACGCUCCUGCACCUCCCCCCAAGCCUAGCCCCAAGCCUAGCCCCAAGCCUAGCCCCAAGCCUAGCCCCAAACCUGUUCCGAAACCUAGCCCCGAACCGAGCCCCACGCCUAGCCCCAACCCGAGUACCAAGCCUAGUCCCAAGCCGAGCCCCAAACCUGUUCCCAAGCCUAGUCCCAAGCCUGCUCCCAAGCCCAGUCCCAAGCCGAGCCCCAAGCCUGCUCCCAAGCCUAGUCCCAAGCCCAGCCCCAAGCCUGUCCCCGACCCUCCACCCAAACCCAAAACCUCGCCCACCCCAUCCCCCCCCGCUUCCAGCUUCAAACCCCGAGAGCCUGGCAGCCCGGGGGGCUUUAAGUUGCGCUCUGUGCUCUCUGAAGCUCCUUUUGAAUCAGAUGACAUGGCGGCUCUGGCACAAGAAGAUGAGCUGUCUACCGGAGCUUGUUGUAACAAUGUUACCAGCAGCACGGCCAGGUUCGGCAGCGAGCUGACAGUCCUCCCUGUUGGCGAAACACCCGAGCCUGAACCUGUGGAGCUGGGAGGCUUCUAUGAGGUUGCAGGAGGAAAGGCUCCUUCUGUGUGGAGCAGAAGGGAAGGUGCGAAGCAGUGCUCCCCUAAGCUUACACAUCAAUCUGGGACCAGCGCAGUGAGGGGAGUUGCAUAG